UCUAUGGGUAACAGGGUUGACGUGUUAUGCUCGACCCGCUCAGUUUUCCACCACAAAAUACCAGAAAAUUGCAAAAAAGCGUAGAACCAGCUCACCUGCUAUUACUCUAUGAUUUGACUAUUAGAUGUUCAAUGUUUCUUUUUUUAAAUAUAUUUUAAAAGGAAUAGUUUUCACCAUAUUAAAAUGAGAGUGCAGUUCACAUAACAGGGUGACAUUAAAACAAGGGAGAGAAAUCAAUAAUAAUCUUCAGAAAUGACUAUGUCAAAGCAACAAAAUAACUAGGGCUUUACAUUGAUGGUGAAACUUGGAGAAAUUUUGUGAUUAAGUGGGUUAAAAAAAACUUCCCCGAARUGACUCAGGGUUGACAGGGGGACAAACYAAAAUGCAGAUUUUUGGCACUUUGGCAAGUCUUUAUUCAUAUUAAAAAUCUGAUUUUUGGAGCGGCCUUUUGUAUCCCCCUAAUUAAAAAAUGUAAUCUUUAAGUCAGUCUGUUGCCAUAUUUAUUUGUUAUUUUAUUUAACCUUUAUUUAACUAGGCAAGUCAGUUAAGAACAAAUUCUUAUUUACAAUGACGGUCCAAAUGUGGAAUCCAUACCCUUGCCGAUAUCACGGACAGUAAUGGUUUGAGAACAUUCCAAGAUUUGAAAGAUACAUACACAUUACCAGGCAACUCCUUUUUUCUAUAUWUACAACUUAGUACCUGAACCCCCCUCCCCAUGUGGUCUGUAUAAAUGGGAAGUACAUUUAAUAUAACAGCCUUUUCAAAUUCAAUAUUGGUGAACAAUUUCRACCUAAAAUAUCAAAGGGAUGCAAAAGGAACUCAUUUUGUGGAACGACCCUAUUAAGGAAACGUAUAGGUUCCUCCUAUACCUACAGUAUCCCCACCAUCAAAUAACACAGAUUCAAUGUACAGGAGCCAUUUAGUGGCCCAGCACUUCCCCGCGCAACGCACCCACAGAACCCYAGGCCUAUCUCACUGAUGAUAGUGUUAUGGGGCUGCAGGGGCUAUUUAUAGCCAGCCCUGUGACUGUGAGUACGCUGGCCAUUCUAGGUGGAUUCCAGUGGUAUGCUCAGCUCCAGUACAACCCAACCAGCACCUGCUGCUAGAGCUAACUGCCACGCCGUCRUUUCAGCUCCCACUGGGCCUGGACCACAUAGCCCCAGGCCAAACCUCAGGAGGAGAGGAAAGAAGGUCAGACAGUCAUCCAUUUAUUUUGGUUGGCCUGGUGAUUUGUUUUUCUAUUUCUUGUUACAUUUGAGAUCUCUUGACAUUUAAAGGCGUAUGGUUCUUUUGUUUCAGGUUUUGUUGGAGGGGGAUUUGACUGGAGUGGUGGGUGAUGUGUGAAGAKUUUUCUCCAGGCUGGGCUUUAGGAUCUGGUCAGAGGGCUCAGGCUGACAUGACAUGAGGGGGGCCUCCUUCUAGUUCACAUGAAGGUUCUGGAUACAAAGAAACGUUGACUGAAUCAAGCUUUGAACCCUGAAGAACUAUUAAGAGUGUGACUUAGAAGUAAGACAGCAUCCUACACUGCAUUUAAAAUAGAGCACUGUGGCAGUAGAGAGAUGUCAGAAAAACCUCUCCAUGUGAUAUCAUUGACGAGGAGGAGGAGGAUAGGACGUUGGCGCCAACUGAUGACGUCAGUGAUUCGACAAGUUCCUACUGCACUGCCCUAUGUUCACUAAGUGAUUUUGGCGAGGUGGAAGAACCAAAUGACAAACCRUGUCCUGAGCCCCAACCUCUAGUCUCAGCCCCACUAACACCACCUUUACCUCAAGUUGGUGAUGCUCCUCUACUGCUUGAGCCCUGUAUAACCAACCUGACAGAGGAGGGAAAGAGUACAGACGGGUCAGGUGAAACAUCAGAUAAAACUUCUGCAUCCAAAAAACGGGAUACCUUAAGUAGCACUGUCGCUGGCGCCCUCACUGAUACUGACACCAAUGAGGGGCCCUGAUCCUCUCAACCCAUAUUCACCUCUAAGACUAUUUUGAUCAGACCAAAAGUAAACCAAUACAACCAGGACAGGGGACGAGAACACUUUGGCAGAAAGCCAAAUGAGGAUUCCACAACAUAUGGUAGAAAGCAGGAAAAGGGUCCCAGUAUCUGUGGUACUGAAAGUAAACUCCUUAGCAGCCCCCCCUUGGAUGGUGGUCAGGAGGAUGAGGGGGAGGGGCUGGGGCUGAACUGCAUGGGGGCCAGSAAGAGAGAGGAGCAGACUGAGCUGUCACUCAGAGCCAGGAAUAGAAAAGCGCCUGCAAGCUGCAUCUCGACACUCACAGUCGGCGAGCUGCAGUCAGGAAUCCCGGCGUGUUGUUAUUCAGARUGUUCCCUCGCAACCGGGCAGCAACACCAACGGCAGAGACCUCCCGCAUCCCAGAGCUUGCCAACGGACAGCCAUCAAGACACCUGGAGAUUCAGUCCGCUCCCUCAGAAACGCUGUAGAAGCACCUGGCGGCUCCAAGGGGUUCUACAACACAGCGGUGAGCCAUCCACCAUGUCCACCAAGUUCUAUAAGGCAGACAGAGACCUGGCCUUCAGCAAACACUACUGCCCCCAGGCAGACUAUUUGGAUGUCUACAACUCCAGCUGUAGGUCCUUGACCCAGCCGUCUACAGUCAGCGACUGGUCAGAAGAUGAAAUCUCCCUCCAGCAGUCCUCGGUUGUCUCAGCUAACAUCCAAAGCACAACAGCAUGCUCAGAAACCGGCAGCUUCGAAUGCAUUGACGUGGCUAUGGAAAACCAGGGUGAGGUGUACAGAGGGGGAACAAAAACUGUUCCCAAGAGGCAAAUCCAACUGAAGAGACGUAACACGGCGGAAUCACAAGACAGCGAUAAGGGAGAGGUGACAAACGAAGCCCAAUGUACACCCAGUACAGCCAGCCACCGCAGGGACGUGUUCAUGCGUCAGCACAGCACCCCGGCAACCUUCCGCCAGGAGUCACAUGGGAUGGAGUCGGAGAACAGGACAGCUCAGGCCGAGCGAAAGCAGAGGCUCCAGAAGUCGAUGUCCCUGGACGAGACCUCCACAAAAACCAAAAUGGCCUCAUGUAUCAUCAAGAGUGUCCUGUCAAAGAAGAUGCAGUGUGAGCUGAAUCUACAAAACUCUGAAGUGAACGAGGGAGCCUUCGCGCCUCUAGAGGUCCAGAAUAACGGUAAGAACUGUCACCAGAGCCCUCUGGCAGCCAAAGAGAUCAACACAACUGAUAUGAGCUCUGUUGAUUCACAUAGACAGAGUCACUCUAUCCAAUACCAUCAGGUUGCGAGCACUAACACACACCAAAAGUCGCUUUACAAACAGAACUCCAUUUCACUCGUGAGCAGCUUUGGAGGGUCUGAGUUUCAGAGCACCAGCACUAAGAGGGCUGAAAUAGCCUCCACUCUGGAGAGUGAGGAAAUAGAAAGGCAAAACCCCAGGGAUGGGGCUCUGCCGUACGCUAACCGGAGCCCAGGGGACAGACUAUCUUGUGACUCAGCAAAGGGCAAAACGCGGAGCACAUGUGCUGGUUCAAGCAGAUCUGGAGGCAAACAGGCUCCGGUGAAAAACACACCAGAGGAAUGCAACAGGGGGCAAGGGGUCCAUAAACAACAGAACCCCCUGCCUAAGGGGCUACAGAGGACUGAUGCACUCUGGGGCAGUCAAGUCAGUCAGCAGCCACUAAUUCCUGAAGGUGUAUCAGGAAAAGCGAUAGAGACGGGGGACAGGGGAGAAGUCAAGUUUGUGGGACAGUCUGGGAACAUGGGGACACAGGGGAUAUUUAAAGCCAAGGCCCCAGUACAUGUGGUGAGGGAUGUGAGGAGGCUGGUGAAAAAUACCUACAACCUGUCUUUCAAAAACGCAGGGGACACCGUUUUGGGACAAGAGGACAGUCUCCUGUCCUUCUAUCAGCAGUCUGCGUAUGAUCAGGUCAGCCACAGAGAGGCCUGCGGGGUCAGAGCACCCGGGCCUCAUGAAAAGCUGUUUGUGAAGAAAGUGUUCCCAUCGGCACCUCUGAAGGUCGUGGAUACAGCUUCACUUUACACCACCCCCAAGGGAUAUGUAACCAAAGCCACAGCUCUCCACGAAUCACAAGACAGAAUUCCUAACACUGGAUUUACAAAUAUCACACCCCAAAGCCUUGCAAAAUCUAUUGAGAAAAGAGGCAGCCGACCCAAUAUCAACCAGUCUGAUAACCUGGGUAGUAAUGCCAAUACAAGUUCAAAAUACCCAAACAGAGCAGAGAUGCUUCGGCCGACCUGGUCUUCAGUGGAGCCCCCCAGUAAGUCUAAUCAGCAAUGGUCUGAAAGAACAGGCACCACCAAUGAGAAACAGAAAUCCCCACAAGCAACUGCCACAAAUAGUUUGACUUUAGUUCCAACAUAUUACUCAUCAGCAGCACACGUGUACCAGCCAGAACAGUAUCAGCCCUCAGUUACAACGUGUUCCAGUGCCAAGGACAGCAGCCAAAACCAGGGCCCUCCUCCCAGAUCCCAGGGUCAAACUACGCUCACUUGCACACCUUCCCCUGCCUGUGUACAGCUCAACACCACUGGGACUCCACAGCCACUGAUGUCUCCCUUCUUCCAUACACCAAACCCAAUGAACUACCAGACAAUUCAAACCCACGUUGGAAAGAUGACUUUCAUUCAGGCCCCUGUCCUGAUGCAGCCUCCCCCUCAAAACCAGCCAGUCCAACUGCUGAGGGGAGAAAAAUUCUCACCCCCACAGCCAGCAGGGAAUGGAGAAAACAAAAUGCCCUCCCCAGACACACAACAACAGCAGUACCUGUGCAGCACACAGGGUUUCAUGGCCCCGUUCAGCACAGAGUACAGGCAGGGCGGUGCAGGCUUAGCAUAUCCUGAGAUAGCUGGAGGUCAGGUUUACGGACAGGGCCCCCGACACAUGCUGAUGGACCCGGAGACGGGGAGAUGUUUCUACGUCGACGUUCCCCAACUUCCACCUCAGCGCAAGAUGCUGUUUGAUCCAGAGACCUGCCAGUACGUGGAAGUGCUGCUGCCACAGCAGACGGUGCCUACAGCAGUCCUGCCGCCGGCGUGUGCCAUGCCCUACCACUCACUGCAAUUCCCAGCCAUGUACCCUCCCAAGUGCUUCUCUGUUCAGGCUCAUCCACAGGAGAUGCCUCACACCUGGCUGUAAGACUGCUGCCUACC